CACAUACACAGCUGCCAUGAUGUCCAUUAGACAAGUAGGCAGUCUUUUGUAAAUUUGAUACUGCGCAGCAAAGGUUGUGAAUUUACAUGCACAAGUUUCCAAGCCAGAUACCAAUAUCGGUUUCUUUUUUCUUGGUUCCCUAAAAGAGUCAUGCCUUCGUUCUUCAAGCAUGACCGAUCCAACGACUUAUUCCCACCAACGUCGCAACGUCGAGGCGGCAAAGUUUUUCCUGUAGCUCGUGUGACGCGCAAAGACAUUGAAUCGAGACUACAAAAACAGAUCGAAAGUCGACUGAAAGUCAAAAAGAUCUAUGCGGACCAUCUCGAGCAACAACAACAACAACGAUUACGGCUGCGACUAAAGCCAGUACCUUCGUUUCAACUCUUCCCUGAUGAAUCCAGUGUAACAGCCGCACCAGACAACAAUGGCGUUAACGUUGCAGAACGUGGAUUGCUGUCUCUUCGUCGCGUACCAAACUUUUCCCUCUUUGGAGAUUCCGUUGCAACGACGACGCGAUCCGAGCAACACGUUUCGACCUUGCGCAUCGACCAAUAUGCUCAACAGCGACGCGACUGCGUCAACGAACAUCGUAUCGCAGGUGUUCUUGGUGUUGGCCGUGAAGGUACAGCAGUGGAUCCAUUUUCGACAGAGAGUAUUGCACGAGUCCUCUUGGGCGAUGACACUACUUCUUCGUCUUUAACAGCACCGAUCGGCAGCACCAGCACCAGCAGUGCUGAUGGUACACCGACAAUAUCUCAAGAAACACAAGCUGUUCCAGUAUCACCACAAGAACAACAAGAACAACAACAGCAUCAACCGACUGAACCACAAACGUCAGCAACCCAUGCGUCGGUGAUCUUGAGCUCAGUGCCUGAACGAUGCAUACCUGUGUUUGCGACAACCAUGCAGAAACAAGGUUGCGACAAAAUCACCCAAACAGCCAAGACGCGUGAUACAUCGUUCCUCAAGAUCCGGUUCGAGGAGAUGAUUGGCGUGUUAAAUCAUCCAUUGGUGGCAAUGAUGGAUGUGUAUGAGCAAACGUUGAAUGAUAAGUGGAGCGGAUCCGGCAAGACACUCUUUAUCAAGCAACUUGUCGAGAAUCUACAAGCCGAGCAAAUGUCAUUGAAAAUUGCUAUAGCAACGUAUGAUAUUGAUACGGAAAGCUUCCUAUACGACUGUAUCAAAAACGAUCUUAAACUUCCGUGUCUACGUAUAGGAUCGAUACUGGAUGAUGUCUGGCAAAGCGAAUAUGGUGUGGUAUUCCAAACGCAAAAGUCGCGGGACACAAUGCGUCAGAAUAGUGAACCCAAUGCCGAUUUUGUGAUCGCAUUUGACGUACGACUACGGCCCGAUAACGGUGUAUUUGCAAAAAUUAUCAAUAAGCGAGGGACCGAACCUGUACCAGUAGUUUGGUUAUAUACUGUGGGUAGUGUUGAACAGCGGGCCAUAUCGUAUUUCGACAGACAUACAUCCGACGACAACGAAAGCAACAGCAGCCAAUGGUGGUACGAUAGACCAGAAUACCGAGAUAUCGUUCUCGCUGAAAACACAUGGCCGCCAGAAGAAGCAGAGGAAGAAACGGCUUUGCACUUUGCGAUCAAAACGUUAACGACCUGGGCUCAACACCAAUUUGCAAGACCGUACCUACUUUCCGUACCGACAGCAACGGUAGAAACAACUUCUCUCCCUUUACCUCAGCAACGGCAACGUCGUUCUCCAUCAUCUGCAGCAGCUGAAGUUCCUGUCACGACUGCGUCUACCAUACCCUCAUCCUCCUCCAUCACAGCCGCAGCUGUUGAAUCCCAAGCUAUUGUACCACAACCUACUACACUACCAGUAGCAACUGAACAAUUUCUCACAUCAUCACCAUCACCAUCACCAUCAUCAGUUACACCAGCAAUAACAUUCACACCACCCGCUGCCUCUGAGCCAGCCAAUACAGCAGUUCAGCGGGUUCCCGAGAUCACUGAAUUGUCAACGACACAAACGAGUAGUACAGCUUUUGAUAUGGAAAUAGCUACACAAUCUGAUGUGGAUGUUACCGAUGUAUUAUCCGAUAUGGAGGUUGAUUCUGAACGGCAUGCUGAGCAUAACGAAUUACCAGAUUGUAUCAAAGCUCAAAUCAAACAGAUUCUUCAAUACCCCACACUACAAGCAUCGUUCGAUCGUCCAUUUCCUGGCUCACGCCAUGGUAGUCCAAGCAUCCUUCAUAGAUCAAGAAGCAGACACAGUCGUGGACGAGAGUCUAAUGCUGAAGUUGAGGAAGAUGAUGACGCAUCAUCAUUUUACUCUGCAAGUGAAUCUGUCCAAGAUUUCAAACCUAUGUUUGCUGCUAACUUGGCUGCUGGCGGUGCCAGUGAUCUGGAAAAUGGCAUAGCAACAGGUAAGUGAAUAAUAGAAAAUUAGGGUUUCAGAUAUGGGGCGCUUGACAAAAGGGGCUCAUGAUUUUCUUUAGGCAACUCUAUCUCGUUAAAACUAGGUCCUAUCAAAUCAGCUUUUGAAAAGGAGUAUCAAACAGUGAUCUCUCGUGUGCUGUCGCAGUAUGAUCAAGAGAUGAAGGCGUUACUGGGAAAAUACGAGAAACGAGCGUACGACAAGUUGCAGAAUGGACCGUGAUUUGUAUUGUAAAUCUAUUAGUGUUUUUAGAACAUAUAUUUGUACAUAAUAAUAGCUGUUAUUCGUUGCGAGUUAAUGAAAAACGACGAAAAUCAACAACGAAACGAAAAGUAUCGAUAAUCGAAUAAAGAUCUUUUAGUUCUCUCAUGU